AUGAUGAACUUCUUUGGCGGGGGCUCGUCAGAGGAACAGUCGAACGCGAACGCUGAGGGAGGCGAGUCGUAUGGCGCGGAGAAGCUCUCUCUGAAUGAGGAGAACACUUACGGGUCUUCCGAGGGCGGGAGCGGGUAUAACGCGGAGAGCGGCAGCGGAUAUAACGCGGAGAGCGGCAGCGGAUAUAACGCGGAGAGGGGCAGCGGGUAUAACGCUGAGCGGAGCAGUGAGGAUAACACGGAGGGGGGAAGCGGGUAUAACGCGGAGAGCGGUAGCGGGUAUAAUGCGGAGAGGGGCAGCGGGUAUAACGCGGAGCGGAGCAGUGAGGAUAACACGGAGGGAGGAAGCGGGUAUAACGCGGAGAGCGGCAGCGGGUAUAAUGCGGAGAGGGGCAGCGGGUAUAACGCGGAGCGGAGCAGUGAGGAUAACACGGAGGGAGGAAGCGGGUAUAACGCGGAGAGCGGCAGCGGGUAUAACGCCGGGGGGGGCAGCGGGGAUAACGAGGAGCGUGGAAGCGGGUAUAACGCGGACGGGGGCAGCGGGUAUAAUGCAGAGGAAGGCAGCGGGUAUAACGCAGGGGGAGACAGCGGGGGCGGUUACUAA